AUGUGUCAGGAUACUCAAGCCGUCAUUGAGCCAGACACUCACGACGACGGCGAUUCGGCACUCACCCCGGACGCUCUUUCAUCUACGGCGUCGCUCACCGCUUCUAUUCUGGAGUACCGAACCAUCCACGGCCGCACUUUUCACAGUCAACGAGGUCCAGGAAAUGCCGAGUACUGGGCACCCAACGAUGAUCAGCACAACACCAGCAUGGACAUCCAGCAUCAUGUCUGGACCCUGCUCCUUGACGGGAAGCUCCAUCUUGCGCCGCUGCCUGACCAAGUUGGCAAAGUUCUCGACGUUGGGACUGGAACUGGCAUCUGGGCCAUUGACUUUGCCGAUGAACAUCCAGAGGCGGUUGUGGUCGGCGUAGACUUGUCACCCACUCAGCCAGACUGGGUCCCGCCCAACUGCAGGUUCGAGAUUGAUGAUGUAUCUCUCCGCUGGACGUGGCCGGAAAAUGAGUUUGACUUUGUGUAUCUUCGAACCAUGUUUGGCAGCUUCAAGGACUGGCAGCAUGUCUUUAAUGAAGCCUACCGAGUCUGCAAACCCGGUGGAUACAUCGAAGAUUUCGAAGCGAGCUCUGACCUGAUAUCUGACGAUGGGACUGUCACCCGUGACAAUGGCACCGCUUUUGGGCAAUGGGGAAGGCUGUUCCAUGAGGCCGGCUGGAAGACGGGCCGUAGUAUGGCUAUCUUUGAAGAAGACACGCAGAUCAAGUGUAUGAAGGAAGCAGGAUUUGUGGACAUCGUGGUUAAAGAUAUCAAGUGUCCAUUGGGCCAAUGGCCAAAAGACCCACGACAAAAGGAAAUUGGGUCUUAUGACCAAGCUGCUGUUGAAGAAGGCCUAGAGGGCUAUGUCGUUUAUAUGUUUACCGAUAUCCUGGGCUGGUCCAUGGACGAGGUUCAGGUAUACCUGUCCAGGGUUCGGAAGGAGUUAAGGGAUAAGAGACAUCAUACAUAUUUUUGGACUCGAACUGUAUAUGGCAGGAAGCCCGCUUUAGGAGAGGCUUCAGGGCAGUGA